AUGCCCUGCGUGAUGGUCCAGAGCAUGCCCUGCAGCGGGGAGGAGCGGAUCCCCGCGUGCGAUCAGAGCGUUCUGACCGACCCUGCGGUGGAGUCGUUCGCGGAGUACAGGGACCCUCGAGCGUUCCAGGACGUGCCGCCAGUGGCGCCUGGCUGUGCCAGUGCAAGUGACCAUCUGGCGCCAGUGGCACCAGGCCCUGCCAGCGACUGGCUGGGCGCCGCGCGCCCGACGCACGCCGAGGCAGCCGCUGCUGACCACAGCGACGCGCCGAACACGCUGAAGGGGCAGUCCGUCGUGUUCCCCGCCGCCGCGGCGCAGAGCUUCGCCACCCUGCCUGGGGGGCACCUGAGUUUUGCCACGAUCCUCCCCGAGGAGCACGCGAGCUUCUUCACUGAGCCCCCCUGCCAUACCAGCCUCCUCGACAGGCUCAGAGGACUCCAGGGCCUCAAGAUUCCAGCUUGGCCGAGUGCCGAGUUCAGCUGCUGCCCGAGGCUGGACAGCCUCGCCCCGCCCGGCCGGGAGCGCCUGGGUGCGGGCGCCGCUGCGGACCCGCCUCGCCUGCCGGUGCCCCGGAAGGGCGCGUCGCUGGCGCCCGCGGCGUCCGCGGCGCCUUGCCCUCGAGCGGGUGGGCAGCGCCAGGGCGCUGCCGCCAAGGUGCAGCACGCAAGUCAGCGGGCUCGGAUCGUUGACGUACCGCGGCCUUUGCAGUCCCGCGGCGGCGCGGUCGCGCACGUCAGGCACGGCCCCGGGACUGCGCAGCCGACCACAUCUUUCUCUACCCAGCUCGAGCCGACGGAGGAGGAGAGUGGCUGGCGCUGGGAGCUCGCCGCGCCCUCGCACCGGCGCCCCCGCCCGCACCUCCGCAGUUCGAGUGGUGGACGGGCGUUGGAUGUGUGGGACGGCGCUGAGCAGGUUUCCUCGUGCCGACGGAGCAAGAGCGAGCGGUGUCUUCCCAGGAGCGGCCUGGCGCGGGGAGCCUGA